AUGCUGAACAUGCAAAACAAGAACAGCAGACAUUUUGUUAAAUGGAUCCCAAACAACGUCAAGACCGCCAUCUGCGACAUCCCUCCCAGAGGUCUCAAGAUGGCCGCCACAUUCAUCUGCAACAGCACCGCCAUUCAAGAGCUGUUCAAGCGCAUCUCUGAGCAGUUCACUGCCAUGUUCAGGCACAAGGCUUUCCUCUAUUGGUACACAGGAGAAGGUAUGGAUGAGAUGGAGUUCACAGAGGCUGAGAGCAACAUGAAUGAUCUCGUGUCUGAGUACCAGCAGUACCAGGAUGCUACUGCUGAAAAGGAGGGAGAGUUUGAAGAGGAGGGAGAGGAGGACCUGGCCUAAAUUUGCUGUUAUGAAGUUUAAAUGUUUGUCGUACAUUUCUGUUUUUCCAAGUUCUGAUGUACGUGUUCCAGUUCUCAUUUACUUUUCUAUGGCGAUGCCUCGGUAACGAAGCAUAGUGCUCAAAUGUUCAUCGCUG